CAGCCACCCAACCUGGCCUAACACUUCGCGUUUUCUCACCCCGCGUCCACUACCAGCUUGCUGGUUCCUCUCCCGCCAUGUCGGACACCCCUCGUCCAUCCCUCAAGCUCACCUUCGGCAAGAAGAAGGCCCCCGGGGAAUCCUCCCAGAGCCAGCCUCCCGCUCCUCCGCCGCCCACAGAAACCCCUCAGCGCAAAAUCACGCUGAAGAUCGCCCGAAGGCCCGUCCCCGAGCCUGCUCCAGAAGAAGAAAAGCCGAAGAAGAAGAAACCCUCCAAGAAGCGCCCGGCAGAUGGACCCCCGGCGUUGCGGGAGCCCUCCGCGGCGGUCACGACAGCCCAACCCGCAGGCCCCAAACGCCUCAAGCUGAACACAUCCAAGAAGCCCGGCAUCCAGUCACUCCGCAUCAAGAACAAGGGGCUGGUCCCCAACCGACCGGUGGGCGUGGGCUACGACUCGGAAGCCUCGGACACGGAAAUCGAUCCCGCCAUCGAAGAACAGUUUAUUCUGCGCAUGCUGCCGGGCGAAGAUUGCGAACUCUUGCGACGCGCGAUCGCCGAGCGCCGGUUCGAUCGGUCGGAAUUCUCUUUCAAGCCACUCAAUCGCGAGGGCCGACGUGCUGUCUUGAAGAUCCGUGAUCAUCAGUACGCUGCGGCCCUGGUCGACUUGCCCUGCAUCAUCGAAGGUAUGAAGAGCUGGGACCGGCGUGGGUGGUACAAGUCUGCGGACAUCUGCCAGAUGCUGUUGGUGCUGGGACCGGUCGCCAAUGAACAGGAGGCCCUGGAAUACCCGCUCCCGUCGGAUAUCCAGUUCCCGGACGACAAAACUUUGCAGUACCCGCACGGUCUCGUGCCACCCCUGCGGUGGGUGAGGAAGCGGCGUUUCCGUGAGCGGGUCGGCACGCGGACGAUUGAGCAGGUUGAAAAGGCGGUCGAGGAUCUGAUCGCACAGGACGAGGCGUCGCUGGCUCCUCCGCGGUAUGAAUUGGUGGACAGUGCGUCGUUGAAUCGGGCUGAGGGACUCGUCCAGAGUGGGGAGUACGACGAGUACGAUGAGGAAGAUUACGACGACGAGCAGGAUGCAGAAGGUGAGGUGGAUGAGGAUGGCGGUCUCUUCGAUGACUUCGAGGACACGCUCGCGGCGGAGAUGGAGGCUGCUCUGGCUGCUGGAGACGACGGCGAGGCUGCUGCCACGGCCGCGACUGGAGGCGAAGCACCAGCCGAUACCGGGGUCUACCAAGCCGGCACCCCGAUGGCAACCAAGCCGUCCACACCGGCUGCAGAGACCUCCGGUGAUGAUAGUGAUGGAUCCGACGAUGUUCCGGAAGACGAAAUGGACGAGGAGCAGCUGGAGCAACAGCGACAGAUGCAGCAGCAACGGGAGGAGAUUGCCGAACUGGAGACUCUGAUCCGCGUGGAGACCGCCAAGUGGGAGAAGAUGCAGAACGCCAUCCUGAAGGGCAAGCUGGCCAAGCGCAUCCACGACUUGAAACAGGACCUGUCGUUGAAGAAGGUGUCUAUCGGGGAGGGAGACGAUGCUGAUAACUAAUUGUUCUUACGGUGAUGUGAUGACGGAUGGCCGUUGCUCUUUGAUACCCAAAUACAACCUACAAUGCUUUCUUCUUCUUCAUAAUAAUAAUCCAGAUUUCUU